GAAGAAAAACAAAAGAGUCACGUAUAACAGAAAAUAUGUUAAUUGUAUGACAGAUUUUUUUUUUUUUGGUAUUGAAAUCGAGUUAUGUUAUUUUUUUUCAAAAAGGAAAAAUUGAUUAGUUGUGUUUGAAAAAGAAAAAAAAAAAAUUGUUAAUUUAUUUUGAUCAUGAGGCUGAUAGAGUCAUUGAGUCCUGAACGAACUCAAACUACAUUGAAAUCGUCGGGAUGUUAAACAUCGAAGUGCCAGCAAAAUUUGUAUUAACCUUACAAUCAUUACCACCUUUUGUAUUGGAAAGUCUUUUUGCAUUGGUUUUGGUACUUCUUUUAUCAGUGCCAAUUAUCACCCGAAUUUAUCAAUUUUUCGAUGAUUCUGGACAAGAUUUUUCAAAGUCAUCACUCUCACGUAAAAUCAGUUUCUCCACAAUUAAACAGCGAACAAUUGUUAUGCACUAUCCAACAUCACCGAUAAAAUCAACAUCAAGUUCAAGUCUCAGUUUAAAUGUCACACCAAUGCGUAAUACAAUUUCAUCGCCAAUUACAAAAGCAAGUGUUGAUGUUUUGAAAAAUGAAAAUAAAUUAAAAACUAUUUUACAAGAUCCACUAUCAUUAAAUCAAUCAACAUCAUUUGUAGCGACAAAUUUUGAAGUUCCAAUUGUUGAUAUAUCAUCAGUUGAUUAUAUUGCCUAUAGACAUAAAUUAGUUGAAGCAUUAUUAAAAAAACAUUUCAAUGAAAAACAAGCGCCAGGCGAUAUGGUUUGGAAUACAAUUUGUCUAAAUUCAUCAGAUUCAAAAACUGAGGGUGAAUUUAAAAAUAAAUUAGGUUAUAAUUUAUUUGACAUUGAAGAUUGUCCAGAGCCAGGAAAGGCAAUUAAAAAAAGAGAAUUAGAAUAUUUACAUCCAUUGGAUCAUUUUUUAGUACAAGGAUUUAAAAAACCAAAAACAUCAGACAAAGCAAUUGGAACAAAAGAAUCAGAAAUUGAAAUUGAUCAUGUACCAGAAUUAAUUGGUGGCUUAAAGAAAAAUAAUAAUAAUUUUUUGUCACGUAGAAAAUGCAAUAGUAGAAAUAAUUCACAAAUGACAGUUAAUAGUAAUUUUACUAUUGAUGUUGUUAAUAAUAAUUCAAAUGUCAAAAUGUUUCAAUUACUUAAUAAUGAGACUAAAAAUUUGUUUCGUCGUUCGAAAGUGGAUGUGAAAAUUGAUAAUGAUUCACCAAAAUCACAAUCGCCGCAUUUGACGAGAAAACCUUCCAGAACUCCAAAAAGAAAAUUAAGCUGCGGAAGUCUUCAAAAAACAAGCAAAUCAGCGAGAUCAAGUCAAUUUACAAUUUUAGAUGACAUGAAAAAUCAGGGAAUCGAGGAAAAAAAGAGAGAAGAGCAAAGUUACUUUUCAGCGAGUUCAAGUGAAGUUUGUAGUUUGCCAAGUAAAAUAAAAAGUUCCAAAUGUUCAUUUAGAUCAACAAAAAAUGAUGAUAGUCAGCCAUUUUGGUUUUUUGGAAACAAGGCAAAUUCAUUUAAUCGAAAAUACGGUGUCACACAAUCAGGUGGUAAAGUAUCAUUAGAAAAUCGAAACACUAGAGAAUUACAUAGUAAUACAUCAUCGGCAUCUGGAAGUCGUUGUACAACACCACGUUAUAAACGAUCAAUAAGUCCUGAGAAAAAAAUUAUUAUCGAAGAUGACAAUGAAAUAAUAGAAAAUAAAUUGACUACUAAAAAAUCUCAAGAAGAAAAUAAUUUAAAAUCAAAUAAAAUUAAUGAAAUAAAUUAUUCAAAUUCAAUUGAACAAAAAAAUUUAACACUUUCAUCGAAUACAACAUUUGAUAAAUUAAAUUGUAAUUUACCAAAAAUGCCAAUUAAAAUUUCCAAUUCAUCAACAAUAAGACCAUCAUCUUCUGGUUCACGUUGUCGUAAUUCUGAAUCACAUUUGCCAGUGUUUAUUAAAAAUCAUCUCAGUAGAAAUAGACUAAAUUCAGAUAGUUUACUAGUUGAAAAGGAGGAUUUUAAUCGUGAUGAAAAAUUUCAAGAGAGGCCAAAAUAUUCCAAAAUUAGCCGACUUCAAAGACCAAAAACAGCCAGUCCUAUUUUAUGUGGUGAUACCAAAUCAGGAAAUUUGAACGAUGAACUUAAAAAAAAAGGUAUCAAAAGAAUGGAAACGUCAAAUUUACAAAUAAUGAAAAAAAAUUCGAAUCGAGAUUUUCAUCAUUUGGAGAAAUUAGAAACGCAGAGAGAAGAAAAUGAUAAGUGGUACGAAUGCUCGACUCCAAUGUCAAAAUGGUCUUCAUCAAAUACUGUUAAUGAUUCACGAGGUUCAAAAUCAAAAACUUGUAGUUUAGCAACGGUGCAAAUUUCAAAACAAAUUUCCCAAAAUCUUGGUGUUACUGAAUCAAAGUCAAAUGAACCUCGAACUAAAUCGAAUUUUGGUUUUCAAUCGAAGGCAAAAUUAACGCAACUAAAAACUGAUGAAAUCAAAAAAAAUUCUAAUAGAGAAAAUAAUAAGAGAAGAAAUUUGAAAAUUGGCAAUGACACACAAAAUCAUAAAAAUAAUAAAAUCAAGAAAACUUUAUCACAAAAAGUGAAUUCUCAUUCUUCUGUCAUUGAGAAAUUGUCAAAUCAUGAGAAUAUAAUUUCAUCAGAACAAAAUCAAACAAAAAAUGAAAAAUUAGAAAAUCAAAUUGUCAACGAACAGUUAAACGUUCAACGAUAAAAAAUAUAACUUUUAUGGAAUAAAUUUCAACUUGAAAGUCAAAUUUUUUUUGCUGAAUAUAAAAAUAUGAAAUAUAUAUAAGAGAUUUUUAAAAAAAAUGUUAUUAAUUUUGAAAGUAGAACAAAAUGUACCAGAUGUGUUAUUGUCUUGUAUAAUGUGAGUUCAAAAUAGUGGAGGAAACAAUUUACAAAAAAGAGAAGAAAAUUAUUCUUGGUAAAGAUAAAA